AUGAUGGACGAGCCUAGAAAAGUCGAAUACUCUGUGGAGAAGCCACUGAACCGCGAACCACCGACUAAAAACUUAGUGGAUAGCUUCUACACUCCCCAAGACAUCAGCUAUGAUCGCAACCACGGGCCAAUUCCUCACCUUUCUACCGGCGAAGAGCACAUCGUCCGCAUUGACGGCCAAGUCCGAAACCCGACCACUCUAUCCGUAAAACAGCUCGCGACCGAAUUCCCGCAACAUCAAAUCAUUUGCGCGCUAGAAUGCGCGGGAAACCGACGACGAACAAUGCGCACGCUUCUGAAGGAGGUCGAGGGGAUCGACUGGGGCGAUGGCGCCGUGAUGAAUUGUAAAUGGAAGGGGCCGAAGUUAAGGGACGUGUUACUAUGGAGUGCGGGUGGAAUCAGCGGGAAAGUCGAGAACCUGCAUGCUGCAUUCUCGUGUUACCAGGUUAGAACGCAGAACGAUACUUGGUUUGGGGGCAGUGUGCCGCUGGAAAGGGUUAUGAAGGAUGAGGACGGGGGAGAUGUGAUUCUUGCGCUUGAAAUGAACGAAAUGUCCCUAACACCUAAACACGGAUAUCCCAUUCGUGCCGUUCUCCCCGGAAUCGCAGGCGCUAGAUGGGUUAAGUGGCUUGAUCAGAUCACCAUACAAGACCAUGAGUCUACCAACUUCUAUCAGAAACGCGACUACAAGGUUCUUCCUGAAGAGGCUGUUGAUAAGGAGUCUGCGGAACCGCACUGGGACCGGACCCCGCCUAUGUAUGACACGCCUAUUAACUCCGUAAUUGGCGUUCCGACGGAUGAGGAGACGGUGACGUUGCGCGAUGGGAAAAUUGAGGUGAAGGGGUAUGCGGUGCCAAAUGCGGCGGAUGGGCCAGUUACGAAGGUGCAGGUCUCGACGGAUGGUGGUGAUAAUUGGGUGGAUGCGGAGAUUGGGAAGAGCGAAGGACAGAGGAACAAGUGGUGUUGGGUGCUUUGGAGGGCAGAAGUGGACAUGGAGCCUGGGACUGAUAGAGCGAUUUUGAGUCGAGCAUUUGAUGCUGGAGGGAAUGUGCAGAAAGAGCAUUCGCAGUGGAAUCUGAGGGGUGUUGGAUAUAGUGGAUACGGAAGGGCCAUGAAUCUUACUAUCGUCUAG